AAAAUUUUAAUCGCCAAUCGCGCUGUUUACGUUAUGAUAAGCGAAAGUUAGAAAUUCUGUCGCGAGUAUGAAUUUAAAUUACAGGUUUAGUCAAGAUCAUGAAUUAAUUUAGAUAUAUUUGAAAUGUCAAAUUAAAAUUCACGCUUCGAGGGUUCGUUCAUUCAUUUUGCGAACAUUUUGCCAAGUACAUCUGUGUCGUUCGCGUGCCAUUUUGCUCUUCGUGUGAAGAGCAAUUUUUUAGUAUUUUUGUAACUCUCUAAUCCAUUUUGUUCGUUUUAAACAAUUGUUUGCAAUGGCUAAUAAAUCUUGGACAUUCCGAGUUCAAUACGACCCCGAUAAUGUUGGCAUCAUAUGCGUCUCUGGUGACUGCGAGACUUUAGGAAAUUGGUGUCCAAACAACUUACUUCGUUUGAAACUAGACAAAGCUACAAAUUCGUGGAUAGGUUCUGCAGAUAUUCCCACCGAUCGAGACGUCCAUUACAGGUACGUUCUGUGUACAUUUAUCAAUUCCAGUCCGCCAAAAACGAUGAUUCACUACUGGGAAACAAAUCUACAGUCUCGAAUCAUCCAAAGUACCAGUGUUUUCAAAGAAUCGGAGACAAAAGUAGAUGUUUUUGGCCUUUCUGAGAACACAAAGAAAAUAGAAAAUGGCUGGCUCACAUCCGACGUAUUUGUACAAUUGAGCGUUAAUCGAGAUGCUAUCCAGUGGCAAUCUCCAAAUUAUCAAAAUAAAAAAGUCAAUAUUAAAUUAUCGUCAGCUUUGCCUUGCGAUAUCAAUACCGGUGCUGGUUGUUCCGAGGUUUUACUAUCGGUUUGCGAGGAAAACGGAAGAUUAUGUAAGCAAGAAGAAAAUGGAUACGCGUAUUAUAAAUCAGAUUCGACCAUUUUUAUAACACGCGCAUUUUCCAUUGAUAAACUAGGAUUUAAAAUCGAAUUCGUCGAUUUAGAAGAAUCGGAAGUAAAAAAGUACUACAGCUUCGCCGUGUUGGAAAAUAAAAAUCAAAAUAGCCAUGGAAGUUUCACGAUACCAAUUCAUUCUGAGCAACGUGAAUAUCUUGGAACACUUUCUGUUAAAUAUUUAAUCAUCAGGCCAACCGCUGAUUUAAGCUGUAAAUUCAAAGUAUCAUACGCCAAGUAUUGGAAUAAUUCGUGGACCGGUCUUGAAAUUGGGCACAGAGGUUCCGGUGUAUCUUAUUCCAAAGUUAAAGAAAAAAACGCGAAAUUCCGCGAGAACACGAUCGGAUCGUUUAAAUCGGCCGGUCAGUGUGGUGCCCAUCUCAUCGAGUUCGAUGUUCAACUAACUAACGAUCUAGUUCCUACAAUUUACCACGAUUUCCAUGUUCUGUUGGAUGUACGGAAGAAAGAGCAAAUGGAUCAGAACAGUCGAAAAAUGGUAUUCCCUUUCCAUAAGCUACGAUACGAGGAGUUGAAAGAUUUCAAAGUUCAUCACGUGAACGAAAGUAAUUUAACGUUUUCGUUCGAAAAUGACGAUCAAGAAGAGUAUUCCCCGUUUCCAUCGCUGGAGCAGGUACUUCAAGCAAUUGAUCCGCAAAUUGGGUUCAAUAUAGAAAUCAAAUACAAUUCUGAAUUAAUGGACGGAAGCAACGAACUCGACCAUCCGAUUGAUAUGAACGAAUACGUAGACAGAAUUCUAAAAGUAGUCUACGCGAAUGCCGGAAGAAGAUAUAUCGUAUUUUCUUCCUUCAAUCCGGAUGUUUGCCUGAUGGCUCGAAUGAAACAAAACAAAUACCCGGUGAUGUUCCUGACUCAAGGACAGACGAAAAAAUAUCCACCUUAUUCGGAUCAUAGAAUGAGUAACGUUGAAAACGCCGUCAAGUUCGCCAACUACGCUGAUUUAUUGGGUAUUGUGGCUCAUAGCGAAGAACUUCUGGUUAAUUAUAGUCAUGUUAAAUACGUGUUGAAUAACAACUUGGUCCUGUUUUGUUGGGGUGAUGAUAAUAACGACGAGAAAAAUAUAUGUACCCUUCGCGAACAAGGAGUACAUGGUAUUAUUUUCGACAGAAUUGAUCAGUAUGGUCAGAAAUUGAAGAAGGAUGUGUUCCAGAAUGUUGUUGUAAAUUGAUAAAAAGAUUUCAAAUUUCGAGUGUAUUUGUUCUAUAAAGUUGAACCUUUGCUAGUAUUAUUGAACAUUUUUUAAAAAAUGGUUUUAAAUUUUUUUCAGUAGGUUUUUAAAAUCUACAAGUAUGUAUACUUUCAAUCAUUUUAAGGAAUAUUCCGUAUCAGUAUUUGUGUUUGUAAAGUUGUUGUAUUGACGAGCAUCUUGUUUUGUUCAUAUGCUGGCAAUCUUUAAAUAUAAUUUUUCCUUAGUUA